CGCGCGCUGUAGUUCUCGCCAUGUUGUUCUUUAUGGUUCAAUGUUGUAAUUACUGCUGCUUCAUCUCUUACUGCACCUUCAAUCGAGGAGCGGAGGUGUAUAUAUCAGCCUCACCGUGCGCGUAUAAUGCAACGCGCCUUGCUUUCGCCCACCACCACAAAGCUACCUAUGCGCGUGCGGUCUCUCACCGCAGGCAUCGCCUCCGACGACAAUGCCUCCCCAUCCUCACACGACGCCCACUUCGGCUACUACGACGUGAUCCUGCCCAAAGAACCACACGUCUGGGGCACCGCGCACAUCCCACCGCGCUCCGUGCCGCCGCACAUCCGCCGGCCGGACUACGCGCUCGCGGGGGGCGUGGAGGACGUGCACACGGAGAAGCGGAUUGCCCUCGACGGGGAGGAGGAGCGUGUGUUGCACCGGACGGCGAAGUUUGCAGCGGAGGUGUUGAGCUUUGCGGGGAGCUUGGUGAAGGAGGGCGUGACGACGGACGAGAUCGAUGCCGCGGUGCACGAGUACAUCAUCGCGCAUGAUGCAUACCCCUCUCCGCUGCUGUACAAAGGCUACCCAAAGUCAUGCUGCACAAGCGUGAACAACGUCAUCGCGCAUGGAAUCCCAGACGAGCGUCCACUCGAGAACGGGGAUAUCGUGAAUGUCGACAUCACCGUGUUCAAGGACGGCUUCCACGGAGACACCUCCCGGACGUUUCUCGUCGGCGACGUCGAUGAGAAAGGCUGCGAGCUGGUGCAAGUCACAGAGGCCGCGCUUCAGGCGGGCAUCGCAGCCUGCGCACCCGGACGCCCGUUCAAAGACAUAGGCAGGGCGAUAUCCGAGGUCAUACGGCACAAAGACUACUGUGUGUCUACGCAGUUUACCGGGCAUGGGAUCGGGGAUGUCUUCCAUCGACCACCGUGGAUAUGGCAUCAUCGAAAUGAUGAGCCCGGCGUGAUGCUCCCGGGACAUUGCUUCACAAUUGAGCCGUGCAUCAUCCAAGGGUCGGACCCAAUGGCAUGCGUAUUUCCAGACGGCUGGACGGCAUCCACGGAGAAUUGUGCACGCAGCGCACAGGCCGAACACAUGGUCCUCAUCAUGGAACAUGGUGCAGACGUCCUCACACGGAGCGACGAGCAAUAGCAAAUCGUAGGAUCGAUAUACCGUGUACUACCUGCCCCUUAAUCGUUUCAGUCCCUGGAAAAAGAGAAUGAGAAAGAGCUAUGAUCAACUAUUACAGAUACUCGACGAACAGCAUCAAAGCUACAUCACUACAGACACACAGACCAAUCUACGACACAAUCGCUAUCCGUUCAUGCACAAAAUGUGACAGCACCUGCGUCAAAUCCACAUCCUCGCUCUUCAGCGUUGCCUCGCUCUUCAACAUUGCCUCGCACUUCGCAAUAAUCGGCUUCGCCUUCACCAGUAUCGCCUGCAGAUCCGCCGCCAUCUCCCCCGUCAUACCCCGCCUCAAUCGCUCCGCCAGUGUCAUCCCCGCCUGCCGCCGUGUCUUCGUCGUGUCC